AUGGAUUCGUUUAAGUCUUCGUUAGCUUUGUUCAUUCUCGUGGCGAUCAUCGGAGCAGGAGACGGAGGAAACGUUACUUACGACGGGAGAUCGUUGAUCAUCGACGGACAACAUAAGAUCCUUUUCUCCGGCUCUAUCCAUUAUCCUCGCAGCACUCCUCAGAUGUGGCCGCAUUUGAUAGGGAAGGCAAAAUCUGGAGGAAUAGAUGUAAUCGACACGUAUGUGUUCUGGAACAUUCACGAGCCGCAACAAGGCAAGUUUGAUUUCACUGGACGACGUGAUAUCGUGAGGUUCAUCAGGGUAAUACAAGCGCAUGGAUUGUAUGUCUGUCUUCGGAUUGGACCAUUCAUCCAAGGUGAAUGGUCAUACGGGGGUUUGCCUUUCUGGUUGCAUAAUGUUCCAGGGAUUGUCUUUAGAACUGAUAAUGAGCCAUUCAAGUAUCACAUGAAGAGAUAUGCACAGAUGAUUGUUAAGCUGAUGAAGUCGGAGAACUUGUUUGCUUCUCAAGGAGGGCCUAUCAUACUCUCACAGAUUGAAAACGAAUAUGGAAUGGUAGCUAGAGCUUUUAAGAAAGAAGGGAAAGCAUAUGUCAAAUGGGCAGCAAAAAUGGCUGUGGAACUUGAUACAGGAGUGCCAUGGGUCAUGUGCAAGCAAGAUGAUGCCCCUGAUCCUGUGAUUAAUGCUUGCAAUGGGAGGCAAUGUGGAGAAACAUUUAAAGGACCUAAUUCACCAAACAAACCUGCAGUAUGGACCGAGAACUGGACGAGUUUUUAUCAAACAUUUGGUGAGGAACCAUUGAAAAGGUCAGCUGAGGAUAUAGCAUUUCAGGUUGCUCUAUUCAUCGUUAAGAAUGGAAGUUUCGUAAACUACUACAUGUAUCAUGGAGGAACAAACUUCGGAAGAAAUGCUUCGCAAUUCGUAAUCACCAGUUAUUACGAUCAGGCUCCACUUGAUGAAUAUGGGUUACCUCGGCAACCAAAAUGGGGACACCUUAGGGAAUUACAUGCUGCAGUUAAGUUGUGUGAAAAGCCUCUACUUUCUGGACUGCGUACCACAACAUCUUUGGGGAAGCUACAAACUGCUUUUGUGUUUGGGAAUAAUGCGGAGCUAUGCGCUGCCUUUCUUAUGAACCAAGACACAAUCCAUUCCACUGUGCAUUUUCUCAACUCUUCAUACACUCUGUCUCCAAAAUCUAUUAGUGUCCUGCCAGACUGCAAGAAUGUCGACUUCAACACUGCCAAGGUUAAUGCGCAAUACACCACAAGGACAAGGGAACCAAGACAAAAACUGUCUUCUCCCCACAUGUGGGAGGAAUACACAGAAACUAUCCCGACUUUCAGUGAGACGACAAUAAGAUCAGGAUACUUGCUUGAACACAUGAAUACAACACAAGAUACUUCUGACUAUCUUUGGCAAAUAUUUAGGUUUCAACAACCUGAACCAGCUGAAUCAAUUCUUAAAGUCAACCACAUUGGACAUGUUCUACACGCAUUUGCUAAUGGGAGAUUCAUAGGUUCUAUGCACGGAGCUUUCAAAGCGCAGAGAUUUUUGCUGGAGAAAAAUAUGUCAUUGAUUAAUGGCACAAAUAACAUCGCAUUACUCAGCGUAAUGGUAGGAUUACCGAAUUCAGGAGCACAUCUAGAAAGGAGAGUUGGUGGAUCGCGGAGUGUAAAGAUCUGGAAUGGUAAACAAUCACUGUACUUCAACAAAUAUUCCUGGGGAUAUCAGGUUGGGCUGCACGGAGAGCAAGUAAAUGUUUACACAGAUCAUGGGUCGGCUACAGUUCAGUGGAAACAGUACACAGACUCCAAAAGCCAGCCUCUAACUUGGUACAAGGCAUCAUUUGACACACCGAAGGGGAAUGAUCCUGUGGCUUUGAACUUGGGAACAAUGGGAAAAGGGGAAGCUUGGGUGAAUGGCCAGAGUAUUGGUCGGUACUGGGUUUCAUUUCAUACUACCAAGGGGACCCCUUCUCAGAUAUGGUACCAUGUACCGAGAUCGUUUCUUAAUCCCAACAAUAACCUACUAGUCAUUUUGGAAGAAGAAAAAGAAGGGAACCCUCUUGGUAUAACUAUAGACACAGUGUCAAUCACUGAAGUAUGUGGUCACGUCUCCAGUUCACAUCCUCCUCCUGUGGUCUCUUCGAGAAGAAGAAGCCACAACCGAACUGAGCACCCACAUCUAAAGUACCGGUAUGACAAGAGGCCUAAGGUUCAGCUCCAGUGUCCUUACGGCAAGAAAAUCUCAAAGGUGUUAUUUGCAAGCUUUGGUUCCCCAAAAGGAAACUGUUGGAGGCAUUUUCUUGGAAGCUGUCACUCACCAAACUCUUUAGCUGUUGUACAGAAGGCUUGUCUGAAAAAGAGUAGGUGUUCUGUACCAGUAUGGAGCAAAACAUUUGGUGGUGAUCCCUGUUCACACACUAUUAAAUCCCUUCUUGUUCAUGCUCAAUGCUCAUGAGAUCCCAACUCUCUAGUAUUGCUUUCUCUUACCUUUCUCAUCAUGAACAAGUAAUAAAAGUAUUCAUGAAGUAUUACAAUAGUAACAAUACAAAAUAGUAUCAUUUGUCAUGGAUCUUGUGAAAAUACCACCUCUUUACGAGCCAUGACGGGUUUGAUCUUCAUCACUCUUCUACAUCUCUGGUCUAUUCCUUCUCUCAUUCUCUUACGCACCUCUUCAUCAAGUGUACCCACCAUUCCUUCUGAACUCAAAGCAUCCAACACCAACUUAUAUGUAUACUCCCUCGGAACCAACCCGGCCUCCACCAUCUCCACCACCAAAUCCCGAGCCUCAGCCACUCUCCCGGUCUCAACAAGAGCGUGUAUCAACGGCGUGUACGUACUUGAGCCAGCUACACCGUGUCCCAUCUUCUCCAUCGUCCUCAUCAUCUCAAUCCCACGUUCUAUCUCAUUAGUCACACUGUAAUACCUUAUGAAAGAAUUAUACGUCACCUGGUUGGGGACACACUCUCUCUUCUUCAUAUCUUCAAACAACUCCAAAGCCCGACCAAUCCUGUUCGUUUUACAGCAUCCAUCGAUCAAGCAGUUGUAAGUAACCACAUCAGGAGCAAACCCUCUAAAGAGCAUUUCACGAAACAUUCUGUUAGCUUCCCACAUUCUCCUCCUUAUCGCCUUCCUGCAUCCCGUUUGCAUCCCAUAUCUACAGUACGCACUUAUCAAAAUAGUGUAAGUAUACGCAUCCGGCGGGUAUCGAAACCCCGGUAACUGCAUCUGAUCCAACAGAAACCGAGCCUUUUUAAAGUUCCCUACUCUGCAAAGAGCGUUGAUGAUUGUAUUGUAAGCAUAAACAUCAGGUUUGCAAUGAUACUCUUUCAUCCUAUAAAACAUAGCUAACGCCUCUUUCACAAAACCUUCUUCUCCUAGGCAUUUCAUCAAACAGGUUAUAGACGAUGUCGUCACCACAUUCCCUCCCUUCUCCCGUCUCGAGACUUGGCGUAGAAACUCCCAGAGACCUUUAAAGUCGUUUCCUUUGGCGAACAAACACGCCAUGUCUCUGCAAGUGAUCUCAUUAUGUUCGAAACCGAAGUGUGUCUCGAUCCAAAAGAAGAACUCCGUUGCUUUCUGUAAACCG